GAAUGAUGUUGAUCCGGGACAGUCCAAAUAACGAGAAGCGCUUGCGAUUGAAUUCAUGGACCCCUACAUAUUGGUAUAGUCCCAUUUGCUUUCAUUGUAUCAGUCAAGACAGUCGAGUUUCAAUUUCACUAUUGUUAUUUAAAGCUAUAAAAAGCUCUAAAACUGCUUAUUACAACAAACUCCAAAUCGAAACAAGGAUAAACUCAAGGCGCAGACGGGAGACAUUCGGGCUUUAAACGUUAAAUUUGCCACAGCUGUCAAGACAGACCACACUAUGGCGUUUCAGAUGUCAAAACUUGCUGCUCGUGUUUCGCUCUCCAGAAGCGUUGGGUUCAUUUCCAGCGCUGGAAACAGAUGUCCGAGUCAUCUCAAUUUCAUCAGCAGACUUGCACAUCGCUCCUUUCAUUCUCUCUGCGGCGCGGGCAGAGGGUCUGCGAGUAUCAAAGUGCUGCCCUCCCCGGGGGUCUUACGUAAAGCAGACAGGUGGGAGAAGGUUUCCACGGCCUCAAAGUCCCUUCACAGGCAGAGUGGAGGGGCUGUUAAGCCGCGCCGCGUCACCAGGGUUGUUAUAGGCGCCGUGGGGGUCUCUGCUGCGGUGCUGGCCUCUCUGAGCACGAGCACGCUGCACGCCUUGAACCUGGAUUCUGAGAGCAGUGACUGGAAAGAGGCGAAGAAAAAGCUUUGCUCCAUGGAUAAGGAGAAGAGGAGGGAAAUGUACAGGGUUGACUUCAUUCCUCUGGAGAAGAUUCCUGUCUGGAGUCCCUCAGGUGACCCCUCUUGUAAGCCUCGGUACAAAGUCAAUGAAGAGCUGAAUAGGAAAAUAUCCCUCUUCAGUGGUGACAUCACAAAACUGGAGAUCGACGCAAUCGCCAACGCAGCUAACAAGACACUUCUGGGUGGAGGAGGAGUGGAUGGUGCCAUUCAUCGUGGGGCUGGUCCUCUGUUAAGGAAGGAAUGUGGCACUCUGAACGGCUGUGAAACGGGGGAGGCCAAGAUCACCGGAGCCUACGGUCUGCCUGCGAAACAUGUUAUUCACACCGUGGGGCCAAUAGUCCACGAUUCAGUGGGGGAGAGAGAGGAACAAGCACUGAGAAACUGUUAUUAUACCUGUCUGCACACAGCAACUAAGAACCACCUGCGGACCGUGGCUAUUCCCUGCAUCUCUACUGGAGUGUACGGAUAUCCACCUGAUCAAGCAGUCGAAGUUGCCCUGAGAACAGUGAGAGAAUACCUGGAGCAAAACCACGAGAAGCUGGACCGGGUCAUCUUCUGUGUGUUUCUGAAGUCUGACAAAGAGCUCUAUGAAACAAUGUUGCCUGCAUACUUCCCACGAGGUUCACCGCCAAAGAGCAAAUUAUGAGAGGAUGGCAUAGUUGCUGUGGAAACGCCACACAAUCUGCUUUUCCGUCACAUCACUGUCUCGCUUUUACCUGAUGCAGCCCCUACAAACAACAUCAACAACAGCUGCCUGACACCACCUGAUUUAUUCAUAUCACCAAACCAGUGCUCCAUGAAAUUCAAUGAUUGCUAUUAGCUUCCCGUUGGAAGUCAUAUUGCUAUUGGAUUUGUAUUAAUAUUAAUAACAAUGUGGGCUUACAAGUGGUAGUUCACCCAAAAAUUACACAAAGAUAGCAUUUAUUUUUUCUGCUUUUCUUAUUUUUAUUUUCUUAUUUGUUUUGUCUGUUCAGUGGAAGUGAGUGGGCUCUAUCUCUAUUUGAACCCCAACAUUCUUCAAAAUAAAUUCGACAGAAGAAUGAAUGUGUGACAUUUUUAGAUGAAACAGAAAAAUUAUUGCUUCAAAUAUAAUAUUUCCCCCCCCAGUUGAUUGCAUAAAUAAUAUCAUAGCUGUGCAUGACCAUUUAUGUCUCAAAUUCUGUGUCUUUCAAAUCUAUUUAUGGCUUACUCUUAUUAUUACUCCUUCCAGGAACAAUUUUCUGCAGUUAUAUGAUUUGCACUGCAUUAGCAUUGAAAUUAUAAAAGAUAUCAUAUGUGAAUAUUGUUUAUAGAGUUGAAUAAAAAAUUGAAUUAAGGCAAUCAAAGGAAGAAACGGAGUAUGUCAAUGGUUAUAACACUUAACCUAUAAUGAAAGUGCACUAUUUGUACUUCUUCAAUGUACUUUCUGUCUUCCAGUAUGAUAAAAGACCCUCAUUAAAGUCAACUCCUCU